AUGGAAGUACUAGGUUGCAAAUUACCGGUACAGUUUGCCGAUUAUGGCUUGACUUCUCGUCGUCUUCCUACUCUCAAACCUGUUGCUGCUUCUUGGAGAUGGUCUCAUACUGUAGAUGCUGCUACUGCUGAGGCGGGCAAUGCUGCCAACCCUCCCCAUGAUUCUUCGUCACUCUUGGUCAAGAAGGCGGCAACUGAGAUCUCCCCCGUGUUGAGAGGAACUUCUGUUUUUCUUAUAGGGAUGAACUGUUCUAUCAAGUCUAAUGUGGGGAAACUUCUCGCUGAUGCAUUGCGGUACUAUUUCUUCGACAGUGAUAGUCUGGUUGAAGAAGCUACUGGUGUGAAAUCAAGUGCCCGUUCACUGGUUGACCUUGAUGAGGAGGGGUUUCGAGAAUCAGAGACGGAGGUACUGAAGCAAUUGUCGUCCAUGGGACGCCUCAUUGUUAGCGCUGGAAAUGGUGCUGUCCAAAGCGUGUCCAAUUUGGCACUUUUAAGACAUGGGAUUUCGAUAUGGAUUGAUGUUCCUUUAGAUAUGAUAGCCAGAGAAGUUUUGGCAGAAGAUAAUUUCAUUCAACUUUCCAAGUCAUUGGAGUCGACAAACUCAAAAUCAUCUCAUUCAGAGGUAUUGAUGCAGCUAACCAGACUAUAUGAAAAGAGCCAAACUGGAUACGCCGCAGCAGAUUCAACCGUGUCUCUCCUAAGUAAAAAAUUUCAUUCUCGAUGGGGUUAUCUUGGCUCAUUUGAAGUAGAUUCUCUGUGUUUAACUGCUGUUCCUUUUGCAACAGGAAUAGCAUCUAAAUUAGGUUACCAGGAUCUUGAUGAGCUCACUGUUGAAGAUAUAGCAUUGGAGGUCCUAAGGGAACUCCAGAAACUGACACGAGUCAAGAAGAUGAUGGAAGCGGCAGCUAGACCAUUUUAG